AUGCCUGCCACCGGCCUUCUCGUUGUCGUCGACAGCUACGUCUUUGAUCGCCCGUUUGACAAGGUGCUGGAGACCGGCGGCCGUCGGCACUUGUACGUGGCCGCGAUCUCAAAUACGGUGAGCGACAUUCUUGCCGUGGCGCCGACGGUCACAUGCAUGUGUCCCGACGACGUGCACGAUAUCUUGGACGCGACGCCCACGCUCGGCCACUGCGACGAGACGCUGCUGCUCCACGCUUUGCGCCUCGUCAGCGACCACGCGGACUCGAUCGCUGGCCUCUUGCAGCACCCAACGUCCCCGGAGGCGCUCGUGGCCAGCUACGUUGUUUCGAUCGGGCCGGUGUUCAACGCCACCGACGACGUCAUGCGAAAUGACGACGACCUUGUCGCGGCGGUCACGAGUGUCGUCGGCGCCCUCCACGAGCUCGCGCUUGCGGCGCCCCACGAGGACGCCAACUGCAAAGUGCUUUACGCGGUCGUUGUCCAAGCGUUGGAGCGGCUCCCACACGACAUCGGUGUCUUUUCGGACGUGGCCGCGUAG